AUGGGAUGGCCUGGCAAACGCAAGAAGAGACUAGAGCGUGAGAACAACCCAGCACUACCCGAAGAGGUGAAGGUGGGCAACGAAGAAGGUCAAAGAUGUUGUAUAGGAGCAAAAUUGUCUGUCAUCAGCCUCAACAAAGCAUCGCAGGAUACCCCGACCUACCACUAUGUGGUCAAAGACGUGGGUGACGAUGGUGUCGAACGACAAAUAUUCCACCACCAACUUGAUACGGAAUGGAAGAUCCCUGCAAGUUACGUUCUUCAGCCGUUCUGUUACCAACUCACUCGAUGGUGUCCUUCAGAAAGACGGAGCACCAUGAUACAAGUGGUCAAUAUCAAUGUGUGCUAA